AUGCCGUUCGUGGACGCUGAGGCGGCCUGCCGCGACGGCGCGACGCGUGCCCGCGAGGGGCAGUACGUCGAGGCCCUGGAACGGUUCGACGACGCACUGCGCAUCAGUCCCGAGUGCCUCAGGGCCGUGGCGGGGAAGGCGAGGGUGCUGCACCUGCGCGGUGACAGUGAGCGCGCCCUGGAGCUCCUCGAGCGGGCCCUGGCGCGCAGACCGCGCUGGGGCGCGGGACUCGCGGUGAAGAUCGACAUCCUCGUCGACCGCGGCGACAACACCGCGGCUGUACGCGCGAUCGACGACUCGUUGCAGGGCACGGGCUCGCUCCUCCCCGGCCAGACGAGGCGGCAUCUCGAGGCAGCGGCAGCAGCUGCGGAAUGUGGCGGGCCGUCGCGGGAGGCCGACGAGAUCCACCGGGCGGCGUCGCUCGUGAAACGCGAGCCCGGGGACGCGCAGUCGUGGCUGAAGUUCGCCGCGGCGCUCGCGAAAGUAGGCGACGUCGAGAGCGCCUACCGCGCGCUCGCCACUGGCGUUGGGCGCGUGGCGCUGCAGCAGGAGAAGGGCCACAUGAGGUGGGUCGACACGUUGAGCGACACGGCGUACCGGGGGGACUGUCUCAUUGUCGCGGGUGAUGUUGCCGACAGCAUGGGCUACCUCCGAGCCGCGCUGACGAAGCUGAAGAAGAAGUUCCGGCGCGUCGUCUUCACGCCAGGCAACCACGACCUCUGGCUGCGCCCCGGAGACGGAAAGCCGUACAGCGACUCGGUGCACAAGCUCAUCGACAUCCUGGACUUCUGCGACGAGCUCGGCGUCGACACCACCACCGCGCAGGUCGCGCGCAACCUCUUCGUCAUGCCGCUCUUCAGCUGGCCGAAUUGCGAGUUUGAUCCGCACGACCCGACCGAGGGCCGCCUGCGCUUCGACGCGUACUGCACGUGGCCGGUUCCGUGCGGCGAGGUGAGCGCGCUGUUCCGGCGCAUGAACGAGGCCCGCCUGGGGGAGUAUUGCAGCAUGGUGGCGGCGAGCGGCCCGCCGCCGCUGCUGGUGACGGCGAGCCACUUCCUCCCGCGCCGCGAGCUGCCGUGGAGCCCGUGGGUCGCGGAGCUCGCGAAGAACGUGGGCGACCUCGGCAUCGACGCGCAGCUGCGGCGCGUCGGCAGCAGGACACACGUGUUCGGGCACACGCACGUGAACACCGACGUGGAGCUGGACGGCGUGCGGUACGUGCAGCACGCGCUGGAGGCCGCGGGCGGCGUCCGCGCGCGCCCGCUGUGCCUCGUCGACCCCGGGCAGUCCCCCCCUGACAGGGCUGGAGGGCGCGGCUGA